AUGGAUUGGCCACUUAAAAUACAAAAAGGUCUGGCAUAUCUGGCCAUAAAUCAGGCUAUGUUUCAAGUCAAAGCAACGGUAUGUGGUCAGGUUCGUCUAGUUGGUGGGAAUACUCCUAAUCAAGGUCGAGUCGAAGUCUAUUAUCAAGGAACAUGGGGAUCCGUUUGCGAUGACUAUUUCAAUAUCAGUACUGCUAAUGUUGUCUGCAGACAACUCGGAUACAGUUCUGCUCAGGCAGCCAGAUGUUGUGCUGCCUACGGACAAAGUGCUGGACCUAUCCUAUUAGAUGAUGUGUUUUGCAAUGGUGAUGAAUCAUCCAUUACCCAAUGCCAGCAUAAUUCGUGGUAUCGCAAUGAUUGUGCACAUUCAGAAGAUGUUGGUGUUGUGUGUACAAUUGAAUCCAACUGGGAUCCGUUUCAAUCAAAUUCCUUCGCUAUACGUCUUGCUGGGGGAAGACUACCUCAUGAAGGUCGUCUAGAAGUUCGUCACAAGGGCCAAUGGGGAACCGUUUGCGAUGAUUAUUUCAACAGAGUUACCGCUGAUGUUGCUUGUCGCCAAUUAGGUUAUACAGGAGCAGUUAAUGUAGGCUGUUGUGCGGUUUUUGGACCUGGGUCUGGGCCAAUCUGGCUGGAUGAUGUUAAAUGCCAAGGCCACGAAUCAUCUCUUGAUCAAUGCAGCCACAGACCAUUCGCUUAUACUAAUUGUGGACACGGAGAAGAUGUUAGCAUCACGUGUAAUCCUCCAACUCCACCAAGAAAUCUUACAGGAAAUAGUUCUUGCUCUUCUGUUAGGUGUUACAAUGGUGGCUCAUGUUUGUCUCAUAAUAAUACCUAUAUGUGCGUGUGUUCUGGAAAUUAUUACGGAAACAAUUGCCAAUAUGCCGGUAGAUUUGAUUUACGACUUGUUAAUGGGCCCAACUACGCCUCUGGACGUGUAGAAGUCUUAUAUCAAGGUACCUGGGGUACUGUAUGCGAUGAUAACUUUGGUUCUAUCGAUGCUGGGGUUGUUUGCAAAGAACUUGGCUUUAUGUAUGCCGUUUCUUCUUAUAACAGUGGUUAUUUCGGUACCGGCAAAGGACCAAUUUGGCUUGAUGAUGUAGCUUGCCGUGGUAAUGAACAAACCAUUGCAAAUUGCAGCCAUAGAGGUUGGGGAAAUCACAAUUGUGGCCACCACGAAGAUGUUGGUGUAGUCUGUCGUGAUGUAAAUUACGUUCCUGCCAGGCUGGUUGGUGGUAGUGGACAUGAUUCUGGGCGAUUAGAAGUAUUUUAUAAAGGUGUCUGGGGUACUGUAUGUGAUGAUGGUUUCAGUAUGACCAAUGCUGAUGUUGUCUGCCAGCAAUUGGGUUUCGUCAGUGCCAUCAGCUACAGUAAUGGUCAAAAUUCAGGACAAGGUGUAAUUUGGCUAGAUGAUGUCUACUGCAAUGGUUCGGAGAGUAAUUUAGCGGCAUGCAGACAUAAUUACUGGGGACAUCACAAUUGCAAUCAUAGAGAAGAUGUUAAUUUACGUUGCUUUGCUGGUGCUACGCCAAUACCAGAAGGGCCUACGCACGAUUAUGACCCAUGCUCAUCCAAUCCUUGUUAUAAUAAUGGCGUAUGCUACGUCAAUUUUAAUAACACGUAUACCUGUUACUGCAAUAGCAAUUACACCGGAAAUCGAUGUCAGUACUCUGGUUGCUACAUUUAUACCGAGGUAUCCUAUCCACGCAUUAAAGGAGACAAAUUUGUUAUUGAGAGUAAUGCGAUCUACAUUAAUCAGCCAUUUUGUUUUGGCUUCUGGUAUAAUAUGAACGGAGAUACUAUCGGCCAACUACAAGUAGAAGAUAUUAAUAAUCAUAUAGUCACAAUCAGUGGCAAUCGAGGAGAUGUAUGGUAUCAAUAUAGAACCACCCUUCAACCUGGCACUCAUAAGGUAGCGUAUAUACUUAUUGUAAAGAUCCACUUCAUCGGAGUUGCUGGCAGCAGCUUUACAGGCGAUAUCGCCAUCGAUGAUGUAUCAGCAACACUAGGACAUUGUGAAAAUGAAAUUCGACUAGUAAAUGGUGAUAGUACAUCAGGUAGAUUGGAAAUAUAUCGCAAUGGUAUUUGGGGUACAGUCUGCGAUGAUCAUUUCGAUAUGACAGACGCUUUCGUGGCAUGCAGGCAAUUAGGCUUUUUAUCAGCCGUAAGAUAUUACUGCUGCGGCCAUUUUGGAUACGGUAGCGGUGCGAUCUUGCUUGAUGAUCUGCAUUGCCAAGGUAACGAAAGUUCCCUUAGUCAGUGUUCACAUCGCGGUUGGGGAUCACAUAACUGUGGCCAUAGUGAAGAUGUCGGCGUGCAAUGUUCUAAUGAUACUAACCCGACUACACCUCCAUCAUCAGAUUAUCUUCGACAACUAAAUUGCAAUUUCGAGUACGAUUUCUGCUAUUGGCGUAAACCCAACGGUAAUUCUUCUUUAGCUUGGACAAGGCAUCGUGGUCAAACACCCAGUUUCAAUACAGGGCCUACGUACGAUCAUACAUACGGAAAUUCUUCAGGUUACUAUAUUUAUACUGAAACUUCAUCGCCAACAGCCAACGACGAUGAAUUCAUUCUGGAAAGUCCGUCCAUGUAUAGCGCCAGCCCAUUCUGUUUCUCAUUCUGGUAUAACUUAAAUGAUCAAAAUCCAACAACUUCAACGCCAGCAUAUAACCCGUGCUCGUCAGGUCCCUGCUACAAUAAUGGUACUUGCUAUAACAAUAAUGGCUCCUACGCUUGCGCCUGCGAAGGAAAUUACUACGGCUACAGAUGCCAAUAUUUGGCAUCAACAACAAAUGCACCAACAGCUUCAGGAACUGAAGGUCAAAUUCGACUUGUAAAUGGCAAUGGCUACUCGUCCGGCCGAGUAGAAAUAUAUCAUAACGGCGUCUGGGGAACUGUUUGUGAUGAUAACUUUGGUAUUAGUAACGCCAUAGUCAUUUGUAGGCAAUUAGGAUUUUCAUCAGCCGCUAAUUACUCUUGUUGCGCUCAAUAUGGCCAAGGAAGUGGCACUAUUUGGCUUGAUAAUGUCUCUUGUAGCGGUAGUGAAUCUUCCAUUAGCAGUUGUAAUCACAAUUCUUGGGGAUCACAUAAUUGUGGCCACAGUGAAGACGUCGGUGUAGCGUGUAUAAACGUUGAUCCUUGUAGCUCUAAUCCUUGCUUCAAUAGCGGCUCAUGCAGUAUCGUUAACAACACUUACAGCUGUUACUGUAACGGAAAUUACUACGGAAAUCGUUGUCAAUAUUAUCAUAAUCCGACAACAGCUUCGACUACAGCUCCGGCUACGACUCAAACAGGAACUGAAGGUCAAAUUCGACUUGUAAAUGGCAAUGGCUACUCGUCCGGCCGAGUAGAAAUAUAUCAUAACGGCGUCUGGGGAACUGUUUGUGAUGAUAACUUUGGUAUUAGUAACGCCAUAGUCAUUUGUAGGCAAUUAGGAUUUUCAUCAGCCGCUAAUUACUCUUGUUGCGCUCAAUAUGGCCAAGGAAGUGGCACUAUUUGGCUUGAUAAUGUCUCUUGUAGCGGUAGUGAAUCUUCCAUUAGCAGUUGUAAUCACAAUUCUUGGGGAUCACAUAAUUGUGGCCACAGUGAAGACGUCGGUGUAGCGUGUAUAAACGCUUCUAAUCCGUGCUCAUCUUACCCUUGCUAUAAUGGUGGAUCAUGUUCAUCCUACAAUGGCACAUAUUAUUGCUCGUGUUCUGGAAAUUACUAUGGAAAUCGUUGCCAAUACGCUUCUAAUCCGUGCUCAUCUUACCCUUGCUAUAAUGGUGGAUCAUGUUCAUCCUAUAAUGGCACAUAUUAUUGCUCGUGUUCUGGAAAUUACUAUGGAAGUCGUUGCCAAUACGCUUCUAAUCCGUGCUCAUCUUACCCUUGCUAUAAUGGUGGAUCAUGUUCAUCCUAUAAUGGCACAUAUUAUUGCUCGUGUUCUGGAAAUUACUAUGGAAGUCGUUGCCAAUACGCUUCUGCAAGUGCACCUCCGACCAAGCUAGUAAUCCAUGCUCCUCAAACCCUUGCUAUAAUGGUGGAUCAUGUUCAUCCUAUAACGGCACAUAUUAUUGCUCGUGUUAUGGAAAUUAUUACGGAAGUCGUUGUCAAUACGAAUUUUAUAGAUUUUAAAUUUAUUGCAGAUCUUCGCUAUCAGAUGAAUUUAAUACCUUUGUAUGUAACUUUAUUUAACCUACUAGCUUUAAAUUGUACCUUUGACUAUGGUGUUUGCGAUUGGAUCACCAAUCAUUUCAAUUAUACCGAUUGGGUUCGAAACCAAGGAUCAACAUCAAGUUAUGAUACUGGCCCAACUGGAGAUCAUACGUCUGGAUCAGGCUUCUAUAUGUAUACUGAGACAUCAUCACCACGAGAACCUGGAGAUAGAUAUUUAAUCGAGAGUCGACCAUUUACCACUAGCCAGGCGUUCUGUUUCACUUUCUGGUAUAAUAUGUAUGGCAACGCAAUGGGAACUCUGCAACUGAGGGAUUAUGGUUCUGUUCUGCUAUCCUUUACUGGGAAUCAAGGGACUAGUUGGCACAAGGCUACUGUUACUAUAGGACAAGGCUCUCACUUGCUACAAUUUCUAGGAAUAAGAGGCUCAGAUUAUACCAGUGAUAUGGCAAUUGACGAUACGUCCGCUAAGCCAGGAGUUUGUGGUGUUGCCAAAGAUUUCGAUAGAACAGUUUAUUUCGACCGUGAAAAAAACUUUAGAGUUAUAUGGCGAUAUUGUUUGGAGCUAGAAGUAAUAACUUUUUUUUUUUCUGGAGUAGACGAUGCAGAUAUAGAUUUUCAAGAGGAACAAGAUCUAGAUCGCAUCAUGCAGGAUUUAGAUUAA